AUGUCUACAUCAACAACUUCAACAGCAGCACCAGGAGGUGAUAUUGGCAUUGAUGAGUACGCUCCAUCAAUUCAGAACUUGCUCGAUCAACAGAGUUUGAAGUGGAUAUUCGUUGGAGGAAAGGGUGGUGUAGGAAAGACUACUACUAGUUGCAGUCUUGCUAUUCAGCUUGCCAAGGUCAGAGAUUCAGUGUUGCUCAUAUCCACAGAUCCCGCUCACAACCUGAGCGAUGCGUUUGGUCAGAAGUUCACUAAGCAUCCAUCUCUUGUCAAUGGCUUCAAGAACUUGCAUUGCAUGGAAAUCGACCCAACUCCAGAUCAAGAUGCACCAGAGUUCAUGGACAAGCAGAAGGAUAUGUUCAACUUUUCAGAGAUUGCCAUGUCUAUCCCUGGUAUCGAUGAGGCAAUGAGUUUCUCCGAGGUGAUGAAGCUUGUUCAAAGCAUGGAGUUCUCUGUCAUUGUAUUCGACACAGCACCAACAGGUCACACUCUUCGUCUCCUAUCCAUUCCAUCACUCUUGGACAAGGGUAUUGCCAAGUUCAUGGAUGGUAACCUAUCUGGUAUCUUCUCAACUAUUGGUAACGUAGUUGGAACUACUCAGACACCAGAUCAAAUCCAGAAUAGAAUUACAUCAUUGAAGAAGACUAUUGAGGAAGUCAAUGUACAGUUCAAGAACCCUGACAUGACCACCUUUGUUCCAGUCUGCAUCCCCGAGUUCCUCUCACUCUACGAGACCGAGAGACUCAUCCAACAACUAACAAAGUUGGACAUGGACGUACAGAACAUCAUCGUCAACCAGAUUGUCUAUCCAGAGAUUGAUUGUGGACUCUGUCUAGCAAGAAGAAAGAUGCAGCAGAAGUAUCUCGACCAGAUGGCCGACCUCUACAUGGACUUCCACGUGACAAAGAUGCCACUGUUGAAGGCUGAGAUCAGAGGAGUGCCAUCACUCUCUAUAUUCUCUGAGCUGUUGGUCAAGCCAUACGAUGGCAAGACACAGAUAGUGUUGCCAAGCCAAGACCAUUAA